AUGGCUCGCUCAAGACGGCAGAGCCGCGGACGCCUGGCUGCCGCCUCCAGAGUUGCUAUUAGGCGCGAAAAGAAUGUCCAACGACGUCGGGCCGAUGCAGCCGUUGCUGCCUAUCAAUUGGCCGGUUUGGUGCACAAGAAGCAGCAACCCUUGAGUGCACUCAAAGAGCUCUUGGAUACCAGUUCUCCGCCCUUUGAUACAUCCGCUUUUUGCAUGAAGCUGUUCCCUGAGAAUCCUAGCCAUAAAGGCCGGCGCCCGCCCCCCUCGCUCUUCUGCACAGCAUUCGGUGCCACGCCAGCUGAAUUUCAUGCCGCGCGUACGCGGGCCGCAACUCAACCCAGUGGCGAGAUCAAUGGUCGCGUGCUCUGCACUCAAGAAGAGCGAGCUUUGGUUGCCGAGUACCUGCAGUCCUUGAACACUAUGACUCAGACGCAUGCCCGCAAUGAAGCUCUCAUAUUAAUUGAUAAGCUACUCUCUUUGCGGGGGCAGCUCGGCAUGGGCGAAACCCAGUCUUUGCCGACUUCAACGCCUUGUCCCCUCAAUCAUCGCGAGCGAUUGUUUCGGCAGCGUCUCGCAGACGCUCAAGCUGGUCGACUCCCAUUCGAAGCCGUCUUGUCCGAGCGAUGGUUUAACGAACUCGAGGCGGAGUUUCGCCUUCGUGCAGAUGACGACGAGGCUCAAGCGGAACAACAUAUCCCUGUCGUUACAAAGAGCCAGUGUGCUGCGCAUUUUCGUGACCUUGAUGCGGCGCUCAACUACCUCGGCUUUCUGCACAAAACCGGGCCUGAAGCAGGCACCAUCAUUCAUGAAAAGAUGCGAUAUGUAUGGUCAAUGGAUGAGCUGCCCAACUUAAGAAUUGGUCCAAACAAUGUUCACGCACCUGUGGGUUCGACGCAAGGUCCGGACGGGCAUGCCGUGCCUGAACAGACCGCUUCAUCCACCUUGAACGCGCUCUUUGCUAUUUCCAUGGCGGGGACGCUUGCCCCUCCCAUGGUCCUCUAUCCUCAAAGUGACCUUUCAGACGCAACUGCAGCAGCCCCUGUUAACGUCUAUGAGCCCCUCCUGGACGACAUAUAUCAGCAUUUCAUGCACGUGGCUAAUAAGACUGGCAAAUUUUCACGCUCGCUGCUGGUGGCAUUCUGUCGCCUCUUGCGCGCUUUCAUCGGGGAUUCAAAUCCCGUCCUUCUGCUCGUCGAUGGCCACCGCAUUCGCGUCUCUGCUCCACUUGUGGCCUACCUUCGAUCCAUCAACAUCCACCUCUUUUUUAUCCCCCCUCACACAUCCAAAUACCUAUUACCGAACGACCAGUGGCGUCACCAGAUCAGGUUUGCCCAAAUUGUGAUCCGCGUGAACCUUCAGCGCCUUUUGCAGACCCACUCAUUGACCACGGACGAUGAGAUCUUUGCGCUCUGCGCUGGCAUCCAUGCACAAAGCGCAUUUCCUAACCUUGUAAAGACAGCUUUUCGCAACGCCGGCAUCACGUUGGAGUCUCGGAGCGUCAAGCACAUGCUCAACAUGCCGCGUUCUGCCACAGCGUCCUCCUCACCAAGCAUUAUUCCUCUUCAGCCCGAUCAUCCAAUCACCCAGGCCAACGUCUCUCCUGCACAGCAGCUGACCUCAAGCGCGGUGGCUUCACGUACGAAGCGUGCUCUGAUCACUCACGAAAACAAAGACCUGAUGCGGGCUUUAGACAUUGCAAAGAUCGACCUUAAAAGCCUCCGUGACGCCUGUCGUCGCCUUGGCGUUCGUGUUUGGGGGAGCAAAGAUGAGUUGAUUGAUCGCCUGCGACAGGCUGUGGGUCUUCGCGGAUGGAAAGAGGCUCCAAGUGCCACCGCUUCGGUGGCUGUUCAAGUCCAAACUCGCUCUUGUCAUCGGAUGGCUGUCCUGCUGAAAGUCAAGCGGCUGGCUCUUCGAGAGUUCAAGGGCUGCAUCCACCGUUGUCCACCGGAGAUGAUGAGCCCUUACAGAAUUGCACAAGUGCAGGUUUCUUGA